GCUCACUUGUUCCUGUCUUUAAUGUGCAAUCUGUUUUCUCCAGCGGAGGGCACUCAGUGUAUCACAAACUCAGCAUUAGCACCAACCAGCUCUGAGCACCGUCAGUCUCUGGAAAGCCUUCUGAAUUAGACAAGGGCUGCCUCUCAGCACAGCUACAAAACACUUUCAACCUGACCAGCUAAAUGGAUAAACCUAGCCUGCAUAGCUUUUAAACUGGGGUCUCGCACAGCACAGCACAGCACAGCACAGGCGGCCUGCUUGCUUCAACAGCUGAAAAAUCCUGAGGAUGAAUUGCUUUAUCUGGGAAUGGCAAAAGCCCGCACAAUAAGGAAUGCCAGGUGGUGGUGAUUUCUACAGGAGAGACCAAAUAAGAAGAAAGCUGAGAGAGGGGGGCAGACGUUUUUUGGAUGACAAAGGAUGGGUUUCCGUCUAAUCACGCAGCUGAAAGGCAUGAGUGUGUUUCUGGUGCUAUUUCCCACCCUGCUGCUGGUUAUGCUGACGGGGGCUCAGAGAGCUUGCCCAAAGAAUUGCAGAUGCGAUGGCAAGAUUGUAUACUGCGAGUCUCACGCCUUCGCAGACAUCCCUGAGAACAUUUCUGGAGGGUCACAAGGUUUAUCCUUAAGGUUCAACAGCAUUCAGAAACUCAAAUCCAAUCAGUUUGCCGGCCUUAACCAGCUUAUAUGGCUUUAUCUUGACCAUAAUUACAUUAGCUCAGUGGAUGAAGAUGCCUUUCAAGGGAUCCGCAGACUGAAAGAAUUAAUUCUAAGCUCCAACAAAAUUACCUAUCUGCACAAUAAAACAUUUCACCCAGUCCCCAAUCUCCGAAACCUGGAUCUCUCCUACAACAAACUUCAGACCUUACAAUCUGAGCAGUUUAAAGGCCUCCGGAAACUCAUCAUUUUGCACUUGCGAUCUAAUUCCCUAAAGACCGUGCCCAUAAGGGUUUUUCAAGACUGCCGGAACCUUGACUUUCUGGAUUUGGGUUACAAUCGUCUCAGAAGCUUAUCCCGAAACGCAUUUGCUGGUCUUCUGAAGUUGAAAGAGCUCCAUCUGGAGCAUAAUCAGUUUUCAAAGAUCAACUUUGCUCAUUUUCCUCGUCUCUUCAACCUGCGAUCCAUUUACCUGCAAUGGAACAGGAUCCGCUCUGUCAGUCAAGGCCUAACAUGGACCUGGAGUUCCUUGCACACCUUGGAUUUAUCAGGGAAUGACAUCCAAGCAAUCGAGCCUGGCACAUUUAAAUGCCUCCCCAAUUUGCAAAAAUUAAAUUUGGAUUCCAACAAGCUCACCAAUGUCUCCCAGGAGACUGUCAAUGCGUGGAUAUCCUUAAUAUCCAUCACCUUGUCCGGAAACAUGUGGGAAUGUAGUCGGAGCAUCUGUCCUCUAUUCUACUGGCUGAAGAAUUUCAAAGGGAAUAAAGAAAGUACCAUGAUAUGUGCGGGGCCUAAGCACAUACAAGGUGAGAAAGUUAGCGAUGCUGUGGAGACUUACAACAUCUGCUCUGAUGUCCAGGUUGUCAACACAGAAAGAUCACACCUGGCGCCUCAAACUCCCCAGAAGCCCCCGUUCAUCCCCAAACCUACCAUCUUCAAACCAGAUUCCAUUCCAGCCACCCUGGAGGCAGUGAGUCCAUCCCCGGGCUUUCAAAUUCCAGGUACGGAUCAUGAGUAUGAGCAUGUGUCCUUUCACAAAAUCAUCGCAGGGAGCGUGGCUCUGUUCCUCUCGGUGGCCAUGAUUCUCCUGGUGAUCUAUGUGUCUUGGAAACGGUACCCAGCCAGCAUGAAACAACUCCAACAGCACUCACUUAUGAAGAGGAGACGGAAAAAGGCGAGGGAGUCGGAGAGACAAAUGAAUUCCCCUUUACAGGAAUACUACGUGGACUACAAGCCGACGAACUCUGAGACCAUGGAUAUAUCGGUUAAUGGAUCUGGUCCCUGCACAUAUACCAUCUCUGGCUCCAGGGAGUGUGAGAUGCCCCACCAUGUGAAGCCCUUGCCGUAUUACAGCUAUGACCAACCAGUGAUUGGGUACUGCCAGGCCCACCAGCCUCUCCACAUCAACAAGGCUUAUGAAGCUGUGUCCAUAGAGCAGGAUGACAGCCCCAGUUUGGAGCUUGGGAGAGACCACAGCUUCAUCGCCACCAUAGCCAGGUCGGCUGCACCUGCCAUUUAUCUGGAGAGAAUAACAAACUAACAGCAAAGCCAACUUCAUGAUGAAGAGCUCACAGCGGAAAAGGAGGCCUCCAUCAUAAAGGAGAUGUGGUGUCCAGCAUCUUCCAGCCUCAAUAGUUCAUUGCUGUACAGUUUAGGGAAUACUGAAAAGCAAACCCCAAACUGCUUAUGAAGUUGGGCAGCUGAUGAACCUGCCACCAACCCGGGAGGUCACAGAACUUCCUUUGCUUUAAAACCUAAAACAAACACAAGCACUCCCGGAUGUAAAUAGUCAAGAGUGUUAAGUUCUUAUAAAAAUAGAUUUCAUCUUAGCUAUCUAUAGGUUUGUUUGUAUAUUUGAUUUUUCUACUAUGCAUGGUUCCUGGGCUGGAGAACCACAGUGGGAGGGUGGGAAUUUGGGGGAAACAACACAAUUUUUCUUGUAAGGUGUGCAUAACACUCACAAACAUUUUUUCCUAUGUUUUCAUGUUACUUUUUCUUUAAAAUCUGGUUUUAUGCUUUUAUUUGUUUUAUUUUUCUUAAUUUCCUGGUUGAGUGACUUUCUCCUACUAAAUCUGAGUACUUAUAUGGUACCAAAAGAAGAUUUGGUUUUGCAUUGACCUAAAGUAAGGAAAGUUGACUACAACAUUCAAUAAACUACUGGAAUGAGUUAAGUACAUCAAAGUGUAUAUUCAUUCAGUACACAUUAUAGACAAUAUUAGGAGCUCUGGUUUAUUCCCCCAUCUGUAUCCAUCAAGGAAGGAAAGCUAAUAACCAGACCUGUGAACACGUGGAUGGGGAAGAAGCAGAGUACUACCCUCAAAGGAGAGAGGGGCUCUGUGAACAAUGGCCAGGGUUCCUUUGGAUGACAAUGUCAUGGGAUGAAUUUCUAAAUUCAACAUGAUGUGUAAUAUUGCUUUUAAAUUUAAUUAUCACUUAGCUUUUGUGUAAUUUUUAUCAAUAAAAGAAAAAAAUGUUGAAAAAUAAAAUA